UCGUUUGAAGUUCUACCACGCUCUCUUCAGAGUCGCACGCUGCGUGCCCCCAACCCGCCAUCGAUUGUUGCUCGAAACCACAGGCCGCAAUGGCUCGCAUAAUACUCCCGCUCGUUGUUCUUGCCGCCCUGGCACCAUAUGUCAGCGCUGGCGUCGAGUUCACCAAACCAAAGGCGGGCGCAAAGCUCACGGCAGGCACCGCAAUCGAGGUCGAAUGGAAGGAGGGUGGGGACGGGGCGAAGCUCACGAACCUGUUGACUUAUGAGCUGUUCUUGGUCGCAGGAGGAAACGACGCCGCUGGCCAGAUACAAUUUCCAAUCACGACGAAGGGCUCUUUUGGCGUGGGCAGUACAGCUACAGGAAUGAUUGGAGUGGCCGUGGGAGAGUCCAAACCGGACAAUGCAUACUUCCUCAAGAUGAUCGCGGUCGGGAAAACCGGAGGCCAACUAAUCACCUACUCAGACCGCUUCUCCUACUCGGGCAUGACCGGCACCUUCCCCGCACCCGUAAAAGCUGCUCUCAAAGACAUCUCCGGUACAGCUGGCCCCAAGGCCGUAGAUACCGUUGUCGAUCCUGCAAAGGGAGCAAAACCUGGCGCUGCUGAUCCUGCGGCCGGCGACUUCGACGUCGAGUAUACGAUGCAGACCGGCCUAACGAGGUAUGCGCCGAUGCAGCCUGUGCCGCCGACCAAGGUUACGGCCAAGAAUGUAAAGCCACUGUUUCCGACGAGUAGUGUGUCGAUUGCGACGACGUUUUUGCCGAUUCCGAGCAUCGUGAUAACGGUUACCCAAAGUCAGACAUACUCGGUCAGCAGCAUGGCGAACACGGUUGCCGCCGCUCCACACCCAACAGACGAUAUGCAAAAGUUCCUCAAUCGAUGGAAGGACUAGAUGCUCAUCUGUUUUCAUACCAUUUUCUACAUGAUGCUAGCGCGUUAGGACUACAUCGCUAAGCAAUGACACGGUGGGGGCGUUUGGGUUCGAGGAGUUUUCUGGCGUUGUAUGUGACAGGCUAUGGAUUGGAAGCAUAGACACAAAAUUAUGUAGUAUCAAGAUCCUAGCCAAAACAUGGCUCAUAUUGACAGUUGAUGUAGAAAUGAGAUUUGC